AUGGCUGGGGUCGAGCAGGAGGAACAAGACUGGAGGGACGAUGAGGAGCGACUCGCACAGCUGAUUCGCGAUUGGGAAGAGAAAAGCAGGGCUGAGCGGGGAGAUACCAGCCCAUACGUCCCCUUCGACCUGGACACCUUUGUGCAGUUCGAGGCGACGGAAAUGGAGAGGAGGGACGAGGAGACAGGCCACGGCUGGACAUCGGAACCGACUUCUGGGGAGGAGAGGGGAGAAGAGGCGAGUUCAGUGCUCCCAGCAGCGAACGAGCCAAUGGGCCCUUCCCAUGCUGCUAGCGCCAUCGUGCCAAGCAGCAGCCUGCACCUACCCCCUUCACCACAGCAAACUCCGACGGCUCAGCCAAGCCCAACUCUCGGACCGGCCGUUGCCCCGCUGCUGAGCACGCCGGCGGAAUCUGCCCACACAUCCAGCCUACCGCUAUCACCGCUACAGGCUCCACAGGAAGGACUAGCAGCCACAGACACUACAGCAACGGCCACCACACCGACCACCACUGCCACACCUGCUGAUGACACCGAUGACACAGGUACGGAGGAGAUGCUACACAGCGGCAGGGGUGAUCUGACGGCCGCCUUUGUAGCCGCCUUCAGCCCAGUAGUCAGAGGUGCAGCGGCACUCUUCACUGCAGUGACUCCAAACAACUCCCCGCCCAGAGACUCACCUGCACCACAGCCACUGCUGCAACCCGCAUCUGCACCUGGAGACACCUACACCAGUCCAGCAGCAAACCACGGCCUAGACACUGCAGGGGAGGAGAGACCAGUGACACCACAGGCACCGGAAGCUGAGACCGAGCAAGGCCAGGGGCAACGACAUGAGGAACUGAGCCCCACUCUGCCGGUAGGGAGUGCUGCCCAUCAGCCAACCCAGGAACUGAGCCCUAUGCCAGGAAUGCAGACCUGCAACCCACGAGAGUCGUCAGAGCCCAGGGGUGACCUGAGCAACCCAAAGACGACUCAAGGGCUGAGGGGAGGAGAGGAGAGAGCGCAACAUAGCAGCAUGGGUCUGAAAGUCGCACCGGCCACGAGUAUGAAGCUUGGAGAGGCGUUCACCACCGCGAGCAGCCUGCUACGUGACGACAUUCGGGGCCACAACCAGCCAACACCCAACAGCACACGGAAAACAGAGACAGGGAGAGCAGCUGCACGGUAUACCGCAAUAUUCACAGGUGCAGCCACGGCAGCAGCAGCAGCAGCAGCAGCAACAGCAGCAGCAGCAGCAGCAGCAACAGCAGCAGCAGCAGCAGCAGCGGCGGCAGCAGCAGCAGCAGCAGCAGCAGCAGCAGCAGCAGCAGCAGCAGCAGCAGCAGCAGCAGCAGCAGCAGCAGCAGCAGCAGCAGCAGCAGCAGCAGCAGCAGCAGCAGCAGCAGCAGCAGCAGCAGCAGCAGCAGACCCAGCAGCAGCAACAGCAGACCCAGCAGCAACAGCAGACCCAGCAGCAGGAGCGGCGGCAGCAGCAGCAGCAGCAACAGCAGCAGCAGCAGCAACAGCAGCAGCAGCAGCAGCAGCAGCAGCAGCAGCAGCAGCAGCAGCAGCAGCAGCAGCAGCAGCAGCAGCAGCAGGGGCAGCAGCAGCAGGGGCAGCAGCAGCAGGGGCAGCAGCAGCAGGACCGGGAGGAGCAGCAGCAGGGACAGGAGCAGCGGCAGCAAGCCACCACCACAUCUGA